CUUACAUGCUGCUGCUAUUUAUCCAAGAAACUUCAUGCCAAUUUCCAUUUCUUACAAAAGAUAUGAAGAAGUAUCAGUAGUAACCCUGAUUUAAGCAACCUCUCCUUCCUUCAUUCAUUGCCUUUACCUUCAGAUGUUUCCACCACCAUCAUAUCAUGGAAUCCACUUCUGAAACUAAUCAACUGCUCCUUCCCUCGUCUUCCUCUUCACUUCCGCGCAGGCACUACUAUGAUGUCUUUUUGAGCUUGCCAAGCAAAUUUAUAACAUUAUAUAUGUGGCAUUUACUGUUUCGAACCUUUUUGGACAUCAGAUGGUAGUGAAUUGUCUGUCUGAACAUGGAGCAAUUAUUAAAGCACAAGACUUUUGCCUGUCCAAAUAAGAAGCUUUGUAUCCUUUUCCUUGCAUUUAUAUUUUGAAUACGCCCAUUCAAUAAUUGGAAGGAACUCAAUUGCCUCUAAAUUCCCAUCAAUACUUCUUCCAGUUUUCCUGGCAAUUUAAGAACAAAAUACUCCCUAGUAGCAUACAAAUACACAAUGCCUGUUCAAAUACAAGUCCAUUUCAUUUUUUGUUUCAAUCCCUAAAACUAGAUGGCUUCUUCUUCUUCUUCUUCCACAAAUACUCGCUGGAAAUACGAUGUUUUUCUGAAUUUUAGAGGAGAUGACACCCGAAGAGGCUUUACAGGUCAUCUUUAUGCUGCUCUGGACAGGUUCAGUGUUUACACAUUCAAAGACGAUGAAGAGCUCCGCAAAGGAGGCUACUUUCCCACUGAGCUUUUAGAGGCGAUUGAGGGGUCCAAGAUUUCCAUUCUCGUAAUCUCGAAAACUUAUGCCUCCUCCACUUGGUGUCUAGACGAGCUCGUGAAGAUCUUGGAAUGCAAGGAGAUGUUAAACCAGGUGGUUCUUCCCAUAUUCUACCAUGUUGAUCCUUCCCAGGUACGCAAACAAACAGGUGGCUUUGGUGAUGCGUUCACUCAACACAGAGAACGAUUUGGUGCAGAUAGAGUUGGUGCUUGGAAAGCUGCACUCACUAAGAUUGCAGGUUUUAUUGGAUGGCAUUUGAAAGAAGUCGGAGACCGGUCUGAAUCAGAGUAUAUCAAUGAAGUUGUGGAGGUAGUCCAACAAGAAUUGAACCAUACAUACUUGGAUGUUGCUAGACACCCGGUUGGAAUUGAUGCUCGUGUGGCUGAAAUACAUGCUUUAUUACAAAGUGGAGGAAAGGAUGAUGUUCGUGUCAUUGGGAUUUAUGGCAUGGGUGGUGUAGGCAAAACAACCCUUGCAAAAGCUGUAUUUAACAAAAUUUAUAGAAUGUUCCAAGGUUGUAGCUUUCUUGCUGAUGUUAGAUCAAAAGGUUUAGACCACUUACAAGAGAAACUUCUUCGUGAAACUCUCAGGACAAAGAAAUUUGAAGUUGACAAUGUUCAUCGGGGAAUUAGUUUAGUCAAACAAAGACUUGGAUUUAAAAAGCUUCUAGUUGUUGUUGAUGAUGUAAACCAUAUAAGUCAAUUGGAAGCAUUAGUCAGAGAGCCAAAUUGGUUUGGUCCAGGCAGCGUAAUUAUAAUUACGACUAGAGAUGUUCACUUGCUAAACUGCCUUGGAAUAGAUGAAAAGUAUGAAGUUAAAAGGUUAAGUACUUGGGAAUCUUUGCAAGUCUUUAGUUUGCAUGCAUUUGGGAAUCCAGUCCCAUUGGCGGCUUAUGCAGAACUGUCAGAUAUGAUAGUAAGUUAUUCUUUGGGACUUCCUUUGGCACUUACAAUUCUAGGUUCACAUUUUCGUGGAAGAAAGUCAAUUCAAGAAUGGCAAGAUGACUUUAAGAAAUUAAGAAGGAUUCCUCACGACGAUAUUUUGAAGAUUCUCAAAAUUAGUUAUGAUGCACUCGACGAUGAUACUCAACGCAUCUUCUUAGAUAUUGCAUGCUUUUUAAUAGUUGGAUUCUCUAAAGAAACUGCUGUUGUGCUGUUGAAUGGUAGUGGUUUCUGUGCUGAAAGUGGAAUUAGAAUUUUAAUUGAUAAAUGCUUGUUAGCAGAGGAUCUUUCUAUGCAUGCCUUAGUCCGGGAUAUGGGAAGAGAAAUUGUUCGCAAGGAAUCACCUACACAGCCUGGAAAGAAAAGCAGAUUGAUUUUCACUGAUGAUGUCUGUGAUGUUCUCAAGGACAACAAGGGUACUGAAGCAAUUGAAACGAUGAUCAUAGAUUUGCCAGAGAAUGUGAUUUUGGAUGCUGAGGUGUUCUCUAAAAUGACCAGAUUAAGAUUACUCAAAAUCUUAUCCAUGAAUGUUAGGGGAUCUUUAAAAUACUUGUCUAAAGAUCUCAGAUUGCUUUAUUGGGAAAAUUGCCCGUUGAGAUGCAUAUCGUUUGAUCUUUGCUUGACAAAACUUGUCAUUUUAAAAAUAAAAGGAGGCAAUAUUGAGAAAUUUCAACCUAAUUUGCAGGAUUUUGGAUGCUUGGAGGUCUUAGAGCUUGUUGGUUGCAAGAAGCUUAAAAGAGCCCCAAACUUUACUGGAGCACGUAGUCUGAAGACACUGUCCCUCUAUGGUUGUUUAAAUUUGGUUGAAUUGCCACAAUCAAUUAGAGAUUUAGAGAAUCUUGUCCAGCUAGAUUUGAGUGCUUGCAAGAAUCUCAGGACGCUUCCUAAUAGCAUUUGCGAGUUGAAACGUCUUGAGGAUCUUCAUCUGCAUAGGUGCUCCAACAUAAAAGAAUUGCCUGCUAACUUGGGAAAAUUGGAGCAAUUACGCAUGCUUAAUGCUAUGCAGACGUCCGUGUCACAUCUACCUUUGUCUUGUAGAUCUUUGAGAUAUCUCAAAACUCUGCUACUACCGCCGUUGAGGGAAGGGUAUAGGAGUGCGCAACCUAUUGAGGAUUUGACAUCAUCUUCAGAUGCUAAUUUAUGUUCCUUGGAAUAUCUAAGGGCUCCUUACCAGUCUCUGCAACAUUUAUCCUUAUUGGCAAAUUUAGAUCUUCAAACUGGUCAUGGGUUAUUGAAAUAUUUAGACCUAAGCUAUAGUUGUUUCCAGUCCUUGCCCUUAAACCUUUGUCAUCUUUCCCAGCUUGAAGUCCUCCUUUUGAACAACUGUCAGAACCUUCGAGUGAUUAAAGAUCUCCCACCUCGGCUUAAAUGCCUACAAGCAAAUCGUUGUCCCUUGCUGGAAAACAUACAAGAUCUUCCACUUAGCCUAGUGAAACUGUCCACACGUUAUUGUCCAUUGCUGGAAAAUGUACAAGAUCUAUCUGGCUUAUUAAGGCUACAUGAAUUGUAUCUUUAUGAGUGCAGUAAUUUGAUUGAGCUUCGAGGUGUGGAGAGUCUGGUCAAUUUAGAGCGCAUUGACAUAAAUGGUUGCAGCACUCUGAGCAGUAAAUCUUGGUGUGUGAAGUUGUUCAAGGCACUUCUUCACAACCCAAACCAUCAACAGUUUAGAAUGUGGGUUUCAAAUGACAUGGUUUCAAAAGACUUGUGCAGCAAUGAAGUAGUUGGGGGAUGUUCAUCAAAUUACAGUUUGCCACUGUUUUUGAAGAAAAAAGGGAUAUUUAUUGGUGUGAAUGUUUACGGUCGUAUUGAUUCACAACAUGAAAUGAAUGGAAGAACAGAGCUGAUUGCUCCCCAUAAUGAUUUGUCUUUGGAGUGCAGAGUAUAUGAUCUUUUGACAGAACCCAAUAAAUUCAGAGAAGUAGAGGAGCUUAUAGAGUUUUAUUCAUCGCCUGUGAAAACAAGGGAACUGAGUAGCCUUCUUCAAACAUAUGUAGCAUAUGAAGAAGAUGAUGGUGGGGUAUACUUCAUUCCUAUCAACCCAAAGGUGGUGAUGAAAUUCGAGGCUGAAUGUAGAGAUGGUGAGGGUAGAGAGCAGCAGAAUGAAGAAGGGAGUAGCAGUAGCAUAUGGGAUGUUGUAUUUGGAUGUGUUGGUUUUUGUGACACGCACAAUUAGCAAUUAGGUAGGGGCACUCUUUAGGCAAAUCAAACUUCACUUUUCUCGAGGUAACCUAAGCCAAGUUGGUCUGGUUAUUGAUUUGAUAACCACAAAGUUACAAGUUUGACUUUUAUAAACGGCCUAUUGAUUUUCUUGAUUUAGGUCUGUAGGAUCACAAUGUGAGGUUUCGGUCCUCUUCCAGAACAAAAUAAAAAUAUAUAGCAUUUAAUA